ACCAACCUCACCUUCUCUGUCACACAGAAGAGAGAGAAACAAGAGAGAGAGAGAGAGAUGGGGGGCGGCUUCUCAGGUCGGGUAUAAAACCCGAAGCAAGACCGUGCAUUGAAGAGGAAGAAGCAGCAGCACGGGAGGGAGAGAGGGAAUUCCGGUUCUUGUGGGGGACUUUUGCAGGUGCAGGGAAGCCUCGGCCAUGCGCGGGUUCGAUGAUUCCGUCUUCGUCUGCGUAGAGAAGAUCCCCCUCGGUGGGAAGGAACAUCUAAUACGCACUGGCCGUGGUCCUGUAUCUGUAAUUGUCUACGGAGAGCAAGACAAGCCAGCCCUCAUAACCUAUCCAGAUAUAGCCCUGAACUAUGUUACUUGCUUCCAAGGAUUAUUCUUCUGCCCCGAAGCAUCUUCUUUGCUGCUCCACAACUUCUGUGUUUACCACAUAAGCCCUCCUGGACAUGAGUUUGGAGCUGCAGCAAUUUCUCAUGAUCAUCCAGUGCUUUCUGUCGAUGAUUUAGCGGAUCAAAUACUUGAGAUUCUCAACUAUUUUGGGCUUGGCACGGUUAUGUGCAUGGGUGCAUUGGCUGGUGCUUACAUUCUCACUUUAUUUGCGACGAAGUACAGGGAACGUGUUCUUGGUUUGAUUCUUGUAUCUCCUUUAUCUGGACACCCCUCCUGGUCUGAAUGGGUUGGCAAUAAGGUGAUGUCACAUCUUCUUCAUUUCUAUGGAAUGUGCCACUUGCUGAAGGAAUGCUUGCUAAAACGCUACUUCAGUAAGGAAGUUCGUAAUGAUGCAAAUGUUCCUGAAUCUGACAUAGCUCAGGCUUGCAGAAGAUUGCUAAAUGAGAGGAAAAGUACAAAUGUUAUGAGAUAUCUUCAUGCCAUUAACAGGAGACAUGAUCUCACCAAACGCCUGAAGAAAUUGGGCUGCCGCACUCUUGUAUUUGUUGGAGAACAUUCUCCUUUCUAUGCAGAGGCUCUUCACAUGACAACUAAGCUUGAUAAAAGAUAUUGUACGCUGGUCGAGGUCCAGGCUUGUGGAUCAAUGGUGACAGCAGAGCAGCCUUAUGCAAUGGUAGUUCCUAUGGAGAAUUUUCUCAAGGCAUAUGGGCUAUAUAGGCCAUCUCUGUUCAGCACUAGCCCGAGAAGCCCGCUCAGCCCUUCUUGCUCCUUCCCUGAACUUCUCUAUCCCGAAAAAAUGGGCUUGAAGCUCAAACCGAUCAAAACAAAACUUGCAGCAAAAUAGAAGCCCAAGGUUGUCAGGCGGAGUCCAAGCAAAAACUCAAAAUCGCUAUUGUGAAUCUGUUCAUUAUUCUUGUGUCUUGCUUGGUUCUUUGGUUAUGUAAGAAAGGUUAGAAGCUACUAAAAGGGGGGUUAGAUAGAUAGGAGAGGAAUUUUUGUGGGUAAAUAGGGAGGAGGAUUCUUCCUAUUCAUUCAUUCGUAGUUCAUAAGGGAUCACACCAGACCUAUCUGUAAAUGCACCAAGGGGCAAAAGUUCGAUCCUUGACAAGCAAAUAAAAAUGGAAAGGAAUACAUAUCAUGGAGUUUGCUUCUCAAAA